AUGGCCCUGACCGCCACCGCCAUAGGUGCCACAACUCCCUACACAAACAAGUAUGUAUCGGAUAUACCGUUGAAACGCCCCGCCGAGACGUUUGUGGACGAUCCCAACACCCUCGAAGAGGUUCUGGUUGAAGAUCUUGAAUUCGAUCUUGCCCAUGGCAUCAAGGACAUCAACCGCCUUCAUGUUUUCCAUGCCAUAACCAUCUUCAAUACCAUGCUCCAGGACUUAAUCCGCUUGAGCAGUAACAAAGAGUUGUUUGACCAAUUCCGCGAGCAGAGGCUUCUGGCGUAUCAGAUCUAUCUCGACGACUUGGAAAAGCAUCUUCCGGAGACGAAGACGGGAUUCCAUGAUGACGACUUGCCGCUUCCCUUGGAAACGCCCACGGAAACGUCAUUUCUGGAGUUUCUGCUGGACUAUAACGUUGAACCACUGCGUACCUUUCCUAAGAAUGACUUCCUUGGCUUGUCUCCACCACUCGAGUUCAACAAGCGCGAUUAUCAAGACGAUGACCUCAAACUGCACCUCAAGCUGGAGUCGGUUGUUGAUCUUUCAUCGUCCCUGCCUUCUGAGGUGGGCGAUAUUGUCCUUGACAUUGACCUGACUCAGGAGGCUCCUGCGGAACUAGGUGCGUUCAUAUCCACGGAAUCACUCAUCCAGACGACGUCAUUCGAUGUUUUGGCUGACCCGAUCACUGCUCACAGUAAGGAGAGGUUAAAGAAAGAGGUUCUUUAUCACAUGGCGCCCAAAAUUAAGCAACAGGCCGAGCACCUUUUGAAGUGUUUCGGUUUGGUCAAGGCACCUCCUAUUACUACGGAGCAGUUUCUCCUCAGAAUUAAAACCUACUCGCCGCUGGUGUCCGUCUCGGUGUACAUCCACAGCGCUUACAUGAUUUUCAAACUCUGCGUGCUCUUGGAUGUUAUGAAAGUCACUCCUCUCAAUGUUUACCGGUUGAUUUUGGCGCUGAUUCGGUGCCUGACCAAGAAGUUGGAGGAUAUUCACCUGAAACAGAAAAACUUUGCCGUGGUUGGCGGUGUUGCGCUAAAAGACUUGUGCAAGAUCGAGGUGAGUUUCCUCUACUUAUUGAACUUUAAGUUGGUGGUGAGUGAGUACAUUCUCAACCAUUUUUUGACCAAAGACUACUUGGCAUUGAGAGCAUUUUGUAAGAAGCAUUUUCAUGAGGGUGAAGGUAGUCAUGAGGUUUAA